AUGUUGUCUUUCUGUUUAUCUAUCUAUCUAUUUAUCUAUCUAUCUAUCUAUCUAUCUAUCUAUCUAUCUAUCUAUCGAAGACUAUUCUUAAUUCAUCUAUCUAUCUAUCUAUCUAUCUAUCUAUCUAUCUAUCUAUCUAUCUAUCUAUCUAUCUAUCUAUCUAUCUGUUUCUUCAUUAUCUACCUAUUUAUCUCUUUGUUUUUCUCUCUCUUUCUACAUUAUCUAUCUAUCUCUUUCACUCUCUCUCUCUCCCCUUUUUACUCUCUUACUUUAACUCUCUUUCUCUAUAACUCUCCUCCUCCUCCUCUCUCUCUCUCUCUCUUUGUUCUAUAUAUCUAUCUUCUACUCUUUGUUUUUCUCUCUCUUUUUACAUUAUCUCUCUCUCUCUCUUUCACUCUCUCUCUCUUUUACUGUCUCUCUCUCUUUUUCACUCUCUCUCUCUUUUACUGUCUCUCUCUCUCUCUUAUAUUAACUCUCUCUCUCUCUCUCUCUCUGACUGAAGAUCUAAUUGUUUUUCUCUCUCUUUUUACAUUAUCUCACUAUCUCUUUCACUAUUAUUCUCUCUCUCUCUCUCUCUCUCUCUCUCUCUCUCUCUCUCUUUACCUCAACUAUCUCUCUUUCUCUCUCACUCCCUCUCUUUCUCUCCCUGAAGAUUAUCUUGUUGUUUUUCUCUAUCGUUUUAAAUUCUCUCUCUCUCUCUCUCUAUUUCUCUUUCUCUCUCUCAUCCUCUCUAUUUCUCUUUCUCUCUCACACACACUCUCUCUCUCUACCUCUCUUUCUCUCUCUCUAUUUCUCUUUCAUUUCUCUUCUUUUUUCACUCUCUGCUUUUUUUUUUUUGAAUACGUUUGA